AUGUCUGACAACAAUAGACCAUUGCGAGAAAAUAAUGAUGUUAAUUUAUCAUUACCUCCGUCAAAAAAAUACAAGUUGUGGAAAGAAAACGAUGCGGUUCCUAUACCAGUGAGGACAUUGCAAAGGUGGGAUAAAAAUGUAUGUAAUAAACCAAAUAAUAUCAAUGAUGAUGGCACUCUCCAAGCAUGUAAUUUGGCUACAGAUUCUAUCACAGAAAUCAUAGAUGAUUCAAAAUCAGAUGACGGCACUGAUAUUUCUACAAGUGACAGUGAUAACAGUACAGACAAUGAUGUUGAUCGUCUUUCUGAUCCGAAUGAUAGUGAUCAAGAUAUAUCUGAUUGUGAUAAUAAUAUUAAUGAGAACAAUAGUGGCUCUGAUAUUGAUUUGGAAGAAAAUAUUGAAGAUGACCAUGAUGAUAGUAAAGUAAAUGAAGAAACGUCUACAGUUAUGGAAUUAUUACAUAAAUCAAUGUACCAAAUCUGA